UCAAAAGAAUAGUGAAUAAAACAACAUAAAACUUAAACUAUCUUCAAUUUUAAUCGAUCACAGUUUUUGUCUUAAUUUUAUUUUUGCAAAUUGUACGGUUAACUAAUUCUGAAGAAACAAAAAAUGAAUAAUGCAGCAUUAUAUCAACGUUCAAACGGCUUGCAACGAUAUGAUGUGCAACAAGUGCUCAAAUUUUUUUCACAUGUAUUGAAAUGGCGACCAGAUGGCUGUGAUUCUUUGCUUGAUAUUGGAUGCGGCAGUGGUGAUGUUACGAUCGAUUUCAUUUUGCCCAUUUUACCGAAGAAUUUCAAACGUUUAGUUGCAGUUGAUUUAUCAAAUGAUAUGAUUCAAUAUGCACGUGAAAAUUACAUUCUCCCGAAUAUUUUCUUCAAUCAAUUCGAUUUGGGAACUGAUGUGGACAAGCAAUCUUUACGUGAAAUUGAGAAAUUUGAUCAUAUUACUUCAUUUUUUUGUUUGAAUUGGGUAAAAAACCAACAAACUGCAGUGCGCAAUUUUUAUAAGCUGCUGAAACCAGGAGGUGAUUUUUUAGUGCUUUUUGUCGCAUAUCAUCCUAUAUACGAUUUCUACAAGAAGCAAUCUAAAAGCAAAAGGUGGUCCGAAUACAUGGCUGACGUCGAUGAAUUUAUCUCACCAUAUCAAUAUUCGGAAAAUCCAGCUAUUGAGUUUCGUGACCUCUUAACUGAGUGCGGCUUCUCAAAAGUUAACGUUGAAACGCUUGAAAAGUGCUACACAUUCAAUGGAAGUGAAGCUAGAAAUGCUUUCAAUUCGUUAAAUCCAUUCAUCGAUCGCAUACCGGCUGAAAAUCGACAAGAAUAUUUGGAUGAACUUAUGAAUCUAUUUGUGGAUGCGGGAUUUGCAAUCGAUGAGGACAACAAAACACGUCGAUUUGCUCCAAUGUAUAAACUUGUGGUUGCAUAUGGUACCAAAUGAUGACCACUUGUUCUGAACCAAGAUACAAUUUUCCACAAAAAGUUUGGCUUUGAAAAAGAUGCUAUUUUUAUAAUUUUUUGGGACGGGUUUUUUAAGGACAUACGUAAAACAUAUGUGUAAAAAGUCUUUGGAAUAAAUUCAGAAAUUCAUGCCAUUUGAACAACAAACACAUAA